GGAAGAGCCUCGGAAUGAUGCACCCAGGUGGGGCCGUAGCGUGAGAUCGAAUCGACCCCCAUGGAACCCACCGACUCUCUCCGCUGUUUACUCCGUACUUCCUACUGGUACUCGCCCUUUUGACCUCCUGCAUCAGGCUUGCCACCUCGCCUGCAUCUUCGUCUGUGUUCGCCCCCCGGUAAUAAUCAACCUCUGAACUCCUCAUGGAGUCUGAACUACAGAGUGGUCCUGGUCUGGGUGACCUGGAGAAAGAACUCACCUGCUCGAUCUGCACCGAACUACUAUAUCAACCUCUCACUCUCCUUGACUGUCUCCAUAUCUUUUGUGGCUCCUGUCUGAAAGAAUGGUUCAAGGCCCAAGCGUCGCGCCGCCGAUCCUCUCCCCGAUUUACCUGUCCGUCAUGUCGCGCCAUCGUCCGUGAAACACGGCCUAAUGCGAAAAUCACAACGUUGCUGGACAUGGUCCUGGCGGCAAAUCCGGAUCGCAGCAAGCCUUUGGAAGAAAAAGAAGAAAUCGCUCAGCAUUACAAACAUGGCGGUUCUGUAUUUCCGGUGGAUGCUUCAGAACAGGCACCGAGUGCCUCGGACAACGAAGAUCGACGGUUGCUCCAGGAGGUCCAGGAGCUGAGUCUACGAGAAAAUCGUAGCCCGAGUGCGCCGUCGUCAAGGAGUCGGAUACCGGAGAGUGCGGGAAGAGAUGGACAAAGAGAAGACCGGUCUCGACGACGGAGAGAAGAGAGAUUAGCAGGGCGACAGACUGGGCGAUCGGCCAACCGUCCGGAUAUUCCCUCGAACAACGCAAGAAGGAUCGAGCACCAGUCGAGUAUUCGAUCGUUGCUGAGCUUGUCAGAUACGGAAACCAUGGAAGAGGAGAUUCUGCGACAAAUAUUCGAAGAAGGCCUUUUGGAAGAUAUCGAUUUGGAGAACUUAGGUCCUUCACAGGAGGAAGAGCUGAGCGAACGCAUCGCUGAUGCGUACCGUCGGCGCCACAGACUUCGAUCGCGGUCUCAACAGAGACAGGAAGACAGUGAACCGCCAAGGACGACUACCCGUUCGCGCGCACAAUCACAAUCAGAGCGGAGACCGACCGUCACGAGCCCCCGGGAGUCACCACGCAACCCCCCGGUUUCUCGGCCACACUUGCUGGAACCAUUAGUAUCCCGGUCUGGGGCAAGUGGUCACCAGCGGCGACUAUCCGAUCAAGGGCACGGCCGUCGCAGGACAUCGCCAGUGCCAGUCAACCCGGCGUCUUCUUCUGAUGUAGCUCUACGACCGGCGACACGAUCCUCCAGCGAUAUGGUUGCUGAUCGCCCCCACGGCUCUCACUCUGCACGACCAAGCCUGACGGAUGCAACUGCCCCGCGACCACGACGUGCUACAGCAUCCGAGCAAGGUGCUCCAAAUCCUUGGGCGGGAGGAUCUAGUGACCGUGAUCUGCGGCAUACCCGAAACAGACCCUCAAUAGACUCGCCUCACGCAGUUGCAACCCCCACUGAGAGCCCACAGACCGCCUCUUUCCCUACACGGGUCGAGCAGAUUAUGGCAAGUACCUCUACAACUAGCUCUCUGACUCCCGAGGUGGGUGGUCCGGUGCGACAGGAGCCACGCUCCAGGCCGUCAUCGUCUCGGUCCAACGCUCCGCGUUCUGCAUCCUAUACUGAGCCCUCAAUCUCAUGCGACCGAUGCGGAAAACAAAAUAUCCAACAUGACCUCCACAAGAAGUGCACACAAUGCAACGAUGGUAACUUCCAUCUAUGUCUACGGUGCUAUCGCCUAGGGCGUGGCUGUCUCAACUGGAUGGGCUUCGGGGCGUCAGCAAGCGCAGACUUCGAGCGGAUACGUGCUUCAGCGAAUGGCCAACCAACGUCAUCGUGCGCUUCUCAGCAUAUGCUGCUGUCUUUCAAAUACCGCCCACCGUCAGCUUCUGCACAGCGCACGACAAGAGAUGGCAAAGAGGUGACCAACGACGACCCCGCUCGUAGGAUGCAAACCGGACUCUUUUGCGACAUCUGCCGCUCCCCAUCGAACGACUGCUUCUGGAAAUGUGGCCAGUGCAACGAAGGGGACUGGGGUUUCUGCAACAAGUGCGUCAAUCAGGGACGAUGCUGCACGCACGCACUUCUUCCCGUCUGUCGCAUCUCAUCAGCUGGCAACCGCUCUGACCCAUCGACACCUUCGGCCGUCCCAAGCGCUGCGUCUGACGCCCUGAGCAGCCCCCUAGCUGCUCCGGGAACAGAAGCUUACAAAAUCCUCUCCUUCUCAACCAAUUGCGACAUGUGCUCAAAUCCCAUCCCAGCCUCGACUCUCCGCUUCCACUGUCUCCGCUGCAACAGCGGCGACUACGACAUCUGCGCAAACUGCUACCUCAAGUUUGUAGCUUCUGGCAAAAUCCACAAGGAGAACGGCCACAACGGCUGGCGCCGCUGCUUCAAAGGCCACCGGAUGGUGGUAAUAGGAUUCGAGGACUUCGAAGAGGGCCAACGACGGGUGAUAGUGCGCGAUCUCGUCGGCGGCCGAGCCCUAAAAGACGAACACGUCCACCAGCACCGCUCCUCCCAAUCAUCAUCAUCCCCAACCCACCACUCCUUUUUAACAAUACCCACCGGCCCCAACGCAGUACCCUCCCCAGAGCUCGGCAAAGGCGACUGGAGCUGGAAAGAGGGCUCCGAGAGACGCAAGAAAGCCUCCCGCGCGCGGAAUCCCACCGACCUCCUCCACCGGUCCAACUACGCCCCGAACGGCAACAACGACAACUACAACUACAACUCCGCCUCCGAACCAGGCACCCCUGUCAUGCCCACCGCCCAGGGAAACAGCAUCAGCAGCAGCAACAACAACAACAACAACAAAUCGCCAUCAUCCUCCCGCCGCUUCCCCCCCGACGGCGGUGUCGGGCUCAUCCUUCUCGCCAUCUGGCCCUGGUACCCAGAAGACGGGGUCAAAGACGAACUGAUGUUCCCGCGGGGAGCGGAGAUCACAGAGGCGGAGAAUAUCAACGACGACUGGUUCUGGGGGUGCUAUGCGGGAAUCACGGGGCUGUUUCCUGGGAGCCAUGUUUCUGUUGUGGAGGAGGUGGCUUAGUUGACUUUGUUGACUUUCGAGCGGUUGUCGAAAGUGCCUACUGAGGGUUUACUUGUUUUCUUCCUUUCCGUCUUUUUUUGUUUCCUUUACAUUUAUGUGAAAUGUUUGAGUCUAUGGUCCAUGUCUGCUUUCUUCUUCCUUUCUUCUCUCUCUUUUCUUUCCCCCCCCUACUUUUUUUCCCUUUUGAUAUCGUAGUUGAUGAUGAUCGUUUCAGUCACUUGGUGUACUCUAUCUAUCUACUCAUCAUAUUCUCUCUAUGAUAUAAACGAUGAUGCCGUAUGAUUUUACGAGAUGGGAUGAGCUGGAUGAUUUGCAUAGUUAUGUCUUUAUUUACGUU